AUUUUUAUCAAGCUCAGUUAAUAAUUAUGUGAUAAUUACGAAGAAUUAACUUGCAUUUAUAUAUAUCAUAUUUUAAAGAACAUUUGCUAAGUGUGCACAUGCAUUAUGUUCUAUGUUUACAACCUUUUUAAGCUUAUAAAGCCUUAAAAUGCUUCAGAAACAGGGUUGUUGUCUUUGUUUUCCUUUUAUUUUGUGAUAUUUUGCUGGGACUAUUUUAUCUGGUUUUUCAGAAGAACAAAAGCAGCUUUUCAUUUUCUUUUUUGUUUAUACCAUUACACAUCUUGGUAACUCAGAUUUUUACAUGAUACGUAACCACCGAGUCUUCAUCUUCUCCUCCAAUCCUGAAUCACAAUCAAGCCUGUCUACAUGCCGUGCUGAUACCUGUCUAAUAAGCUUCAGUUGUUGUCUUUUCAGAGCUCAGCCAAAAGACGUUCCUCUGGCUGUGUGCCUGCCCUGCAGUAUCGCUCUCAUUCUUCUGACCUUAGAAUAAUACUGUGUUAAUAUACAACCGAGAGGAGGGCAGGCCCUUUCCCGUAUGUCUGAAGAGGCAGGGCAGCUUUAGCAGGCUGACAGUCUCAGCUACAUUUCAGUACUCAAACGUAGUCAGGAUUUUUCUUUUACUGGCAAGUCUGCACGCAUGUCAUCCUGAAAGGCACCAAAGGGAUACUUCAUUGCAACUUGUGAAAGAGCAUCUUUCAAUCACAGGACAGAAUAGACAAAGAGGACUGCGGUAAAAUGCAACAAGUGACCAUGAAUGUGAAGAAGCAGUUGUUGUCCUUAUUCUGUUUUCUUCUGCCUUCUGUGGGACUUGUGUUGAUGUGUACUGGGAUCUACCUGUUGUCCCAGGAGAACGUGCAUGAGGACGCUCUGAGGGUCAUUUUUGUCUAUAUCAUGAUUGGCUGUGGCCUUCUGGCUAUGGUCAUUGGGGUCUGCUGGGGCCUCUGCUCAGGCAUAAAGACCAAGAGAAUUGGACGUGAGCGACACAUCCAGGUCUUCACUAUUGAAAGACCGAGUUCUUUUCCACCUUCAUAUGAAGAGUCCCAGGAAAGUCGAGUCUGCCCUGAUGCGUCUCCUGAGUUUAUGGUCAUAGUUGAUAGCACGGACAUGGUGAUGAGCCUGGCUCCUCCGUUGUACAGCCAGGACAGCUCAGAGGCCCCAGACUGCAGGUUUAGCUGGGAGCAACCUCCACCAUACAGUGAAGUUGAACGUAUUCAGCAGGGACAGAUGGAUGCAGAGGAGCCGAGGGAGCGCUUGUCUGGACACUGAGGGAAGAACAGUUUUUGCCUGACUGGUUGAGAGAAAAAAAGGGAGGAAUGCAGAUUGUAGAAGUGAAUGACUUCUACACCAAGCUGAGUGAGAAAGUUCCAGAACAACUGGAAAUGUUUUUAUGUCACUGGAUCGCUCAAGUGCCAAAAGAUGGACAGCAGAGAUGUGCUGACAUCAUCCUUCUGCCAUGAAUCUACAACCUAGUGUCUGUCAUCUAUCGUCUAACAGGCCUGAGAGUCUUUACACGGGUACGAGCAGAAUGAGCCUCAGUUUUAAGCUGUGACAAAUAAGCAGGGGUAGCAUUAAUCCAGGUGGACACAUGAAGGUUUCAUUUAAAACUGAGAACUUACUUUUAUCUGCCCUUCAUCCAACAGCCACUGUGUUGGAUGAUUUAUGUAUUAGAAAAUGCAUAAACUAGUUUUUAAAGGUUAAUCUUUGAAGCCUGAUAUAUUCUCAGAGUUGGAUGAACUUUACUCAGCAUAGCAAACAGGUAAGCUCACUGUCUUUAUAGUGUGUUUGUUCAUGGAAAUAAAAUGUCUUUAUUACAUUUCUAACAAUAUUUACACUGCAGUGUAAAGUAACAAAUGCCCUGCCUAUUGCAAACAGAAUAACAUCCAGUUAUCAAUUACCUCUCAAUCUCAGUCCACCAUAAUUUAUAUAAAUAUUUGUUGUUUGUUAAUCACAAGGUCUUAUUUAACCUUUAUUCAGCUGAGCUAUUAAUAGAAAUUCUGAAAACCUCUUUUCACCUAACAGUAUUGGAAUGUGCAGAUUCCAAUGCUGAACGACGUGGCUACUUUUACACUUUUUACGCUACAAAAUUAUUGCAUUUCAUAUGAAAUUUUUAUAAGACGUAUUAAUUUAAAGUCUUUUACAAAGUCUUUUAUCCACUUAAUCCAUUUUUAAAAAAUGGAUUAAGUGAUCUGAUCUACUGAUUGCAAGAUCAUCUUGCAGAGAUGGACAGAAAACUGAGAGUGCAUUGAUGAGUGGUUUUUAAUUUGCUGCAAACCUGCAGUGUUUAACAAAUUUAUUAUGCCAUCACCCAGUGUAAGGUUUAUGCCACAGCUUCCCUAAAUUGUGUUUGUAAUUACCCAGACCAUUUUUUAAUCUUUCUGCAAGUUAUUCCACCAGUGUGUGCACGCACUUUAAUCAAAGUUGGAUUUUUAAUUUUGAAAUUCAAUUAUUGCUGUUAUCCAUAAAUUAAAAAAAUUUCUCUUUUACAAAAAAUAAAAUAUUAAAGAACAUUAUUAUUUUUUUAUUAAGAUGCCAAAUUACAGUUUUUUUCUUGCAUUUCUGAAUAACAAAUUAUUUUUUGACUUCUCAGAGAAGUCCAGCGUGCCAGCUCAAAGUUGGAGAACUGCCUAAUAAAUAAAACUAUCAUUUUUAGUUUUAAACAAGUUUUUUGAAAUAUUUUUUGUUUGUAUGACAGGUGAUCUAACAAAUUAUUCAGCACUGUAAAGUAUUGUCUAAUCCUUUGGGUACAUUAAUGUGACUUAACUAUAUACUGUGAAUGCCAAUACUGUCUGACUGUUACGUCUUUUCUGCCUUUGCUGAAUGUGCACAUGCUUUCUGUGUAUGUCACUGUAAGAUGUCCUAAUAAAGUAUUUCAACACAUGAAGAGUACACCUGACAGCACACUUCAUCACAAUAAAAAGGC